AUGGGGAUCCAGCGACUCGGAAUAUUCCUGCUGGCGAUCGGCGUUCUCGCCGCCGCCUCCGCCGCACGCAGCACGGAGAAGAAAGCGGGGGCGGUGGUGGAGGCGGAGGACCAGGAGGCGGCAGCCACCAGCAGUCAAGAGAAGAAGCAGCAGCAGAAGGAGCAGAACGCUAGCGAAGAAGAGGGCCGAGGCGAAGGCGAGCGCCGGCAGGACAAGCGGGAGCUGCACGGCGGCUUCGGGGGCGGCGGGGGAUUCGGGGGCGGCGGAGACUACGGCGGCGGACACCACUUCGGGGGCGGUGCCGACUUCGGGGGCGACGGAUCCUUCGGCGGCCACACAAGCUUCGGGGACGAGACGGCCUUUGGAGGCGGCAGUAGCUUCGGAGGCGGUAGUGGCUUCGGAGGCGGCAGUGGCUACGGUGGCGACGGAGGAUUCGGAGGCGAUGGAGGAUUCGGAGGCGGUGGAUAUGGCGGCGGUUAUGGAUAUGGUGACAAAGGUCACCACGAGCACGUGUCAGUGAAAGACGUGCCCUCGACGACGCUGACGAAGAAGAUACCGGUGCCGGUACCUCAGCCGUACCCAGUCCACGUCCCAGUGCCCAAGCACGUGCCCUACACUGUUGAGAAAAAAGUGCCCUAUCCUGUUAAGGUACCUGUCGACAAGCCCUACCCAGUACACGUGCCCAAGACGGUGCUGUACCCCGUCACCAAGGAGAUACACGUCCCAGUCAAAGUUCCCGUCGAAAGGCCGGUCCCAUACAAAGUUCCUGUGGAGAAACUGGUCCACUACCCUGUGGAAGUGAAGGUCCCUGUACCCAAACCUUACCCCGUACACGUGGAAAAGCCGUAUCCGGUAUAUGUGGAAAAGAAGGUGCACGUACCACACCCGUACCCAGUGGAGAUCAAGGUUCCAGUACCAAAGCCCUACAAGGUCCCAGUCAAAGUCCCGAUCCACGUACCAGUUGACAAGCCGUACCCAGUCCACGUCAAGGUUUUCGUCGAGAAGCCGUACACUGUGGAAGUACCUAAGCCGUACCCAGUCGAAGUUAAGAAACCGGUGCCCUAUAUAGUCCACAAGCACGUACCGUACCCGGUGAAGGUCCCCGUCGACAAACCGUACCCUGUCGAGGUGCCGAAGCCGUAUCCGGUCGAAGUCAAACAACCGUACCCAGUGGAGAUAGAGAAGAAAGUACCACUAGAGGUGGAGAAGAAGGUACCUUAUCCAGUGAAAGUGCCAGUCGACAAGCCUUACCCAGUCGAGGUGCCAAAACCAUAUCCAGUAGAGGUGAAAAAACCUGUACCUUAUCAUGUAGAGAAGCCUGUACCUGUCCCAGUUAAAGUUCCUGUUCCCAAGCCUGCGCCAUAUGAGGUCGUUAAACAUGUGCCGUACCCAGUGCACGAACAUCAUGAAGACUACCAUCAUGAAGACCACCAUCAUGAAGAACACCAUGGUGGAUAUGAACACCAUGAUGCAGGGUACUGA